UUUAUGUACAUAUUAUAUGUCAAUCUAUUAUAUUAAAGCAACAUGAUUAUUUAUAUACGUGAAUAUGAAUAUUUAUAUACGUAUUGUAAGUGUUCAAAGUACGUGCAAUGGAACUCGGCCUGACGAACGAGUUAAAUGCCUCUCGAACUUGCAUCUCUUUCAACGAGUUUUAUCAACCUGCAUUUAGAAUGUAUAUAUCAACCCUGUACAUGACCGGUAUCAUACACCACCCACAGUGUCUGCGUAGUCAGCAUGCUCGACCCGGCAAUGUUCGGCUGCGCCACUCUGGUUUCCGCUCCCGUAAAAGAAGGACCUCGUAACGCCUCUUUCGUUCAUUCACAACCACCUGCUCAUCGAGAAAGCAUCGGGAUUCUUUUAGUUUAUCCAUUAGUUGCCUAUUGUUCGUGAGGAACGGGUGCAAGAGGAACCAGAAUGAAGAACAAUGCGACUUCCGGUCUUCCGCUGUCCGUCUGUGCGUCCAUUUGCGCGCUAAUUAUCCUGAUUUCCUUCGCCGAUACUGCUUAUGCUAAACGUGGUUGUUCUGCGUUUGGACAUUCCUGUUUCGGUGGUCACGGCAAGAGAUUCGAUCCAAAUAUACAGGAGAAGAUGCUUCAAGAUGAUGAUACGAUUACCAAUAAUAGACAUCGAGAAAUAGAAGAUUUAAACUCGCGUAACGAAUUUGAUGUUUCUGAAAAAAAAUUUGGAGGACAAACAGAAAUACUUUCUUCUCAGAAUCAUCAUCAGGAUUCUUCGAGAUUCAAUCCUUUCGCGUUAUCCUUUAUCGUUCGACAAUGGUUGACGUCGCAUCGUCUUCAUCAACCGGACAUGGAAUUUAAUAAUAAAUAAACGAAUAGGAUUUCUACUAUAUUUUGAAUUUGAAACAAAGAAUUUAAAAAACUUUAGAAAAUAAACAUAAAUGAAAAUGUUUUAAUAAAAUACCCUAUAUUUUAAUAAAAU